AGUGAGGUUUGGAGGGAAGAUUCACUUCCGUUUAAAGUGUUUGUUGUGAACAGAACUUGAGGUUUGCGUCUUCAUUCUGCUUCAACAAAGAGGAUCACGUUUAGAGAGGAUGAAGAGAAAGCAGGGAAUCGCUCAGUUUCUCGUCAAAAGAAAGCCUGGAGGUGGAGGAGAUGGAAGCACGAGUUCACAGGAACAACAAGUCCAGGACCAGGACCAGGACCAGGACCAGGACCAGUCCACGAGUCCCAGUCCUCCCUCACCGGUUCUAUUAGAUGAUGCCGAUUCGACUGAUGAAAGUCAGAGUGAGGGGGAACAUGACGGCUUCAACCAACAGGAGGCUUCCUCUGACGACAUUUGGAAGUCCAGAGCAGACGGUCCAGUCCAACCGGUCCUCAAGAUGUUCCCCAGGACAGAGCAGGGAGACCGGAAGAGAGGGUUCAAAGAAGCAUCCAUGAUCACAUCAACGAACAAAGGAAGGGAAAAGAAAAUAGCGGAGAACCGAAUGUAUAUCAAAUCCCUUGCUGAGGUACUGCUCCUAACUGCAGAGGUUUUUGAAGGCUCAGAUGAUCCAGACAACUUCCUAGCCCUCCUCGGUACACUCGCAAACCACGACCCUCUGAUCGAAAAGCGCCUGAAUGGCGAUGCGAAAUACACCAGCAAAAACAUACAAAACGAAAUCCUGGAGACUCUUGCAGAGAUGGUUCAACAGGAAAUAAUUAACGAAGUAAAGCAAAGUGAGGUAUUCGGUGUUGUUGCAGAGGAAACAAAAGAGCAAAUGUCUUUUGUUGUAAGAUAUUUCUAUAACGGUGCCAUUCAUGAGAGUUUUCUGGAUUUUGUGAAGGCCGAUCAGCUCGAUGCAGCCGGUCUUAGUAGUUUGAUCAUUGAAUGUUUGGAAAAGCGUGGGCUGGAGUAUCGCAACAACCUAGUCGGUCAGGGCUACGACGGAGCUGCUGUCACGAGCGGGGAGCAAUCUGGCGUUUGCUCGCAGAUCCAGCAGCUGGCUAAAUAUGCGUUUUACGUUCACUCUAAGGCUCACUGCUUAAAUCUGGUUAUCGUGGAUAGUGUGAAAUCAGUGGCUGAGGCAUGUUGCUUUUCCGCACUGAUGCAAAAACUGCACAGUUUCCUGUCAGAAUCUUAUGUAAAUGCAAGAUGGCAGGCUGUGCAGAGGGAGAUGUGCGGUGGCCGGCCUCGUGAAACGCCGUCGCUAAGCGACACCGGGGGGGCCUGCAGCUACUCGGCCUGCCGUGACGUCCUGGAUGGACUUCCUGCCGUGUACCGGGUGCUUCAGGAGGUCGGGCAGGAGAACGACGGGGAUCGGGCCACCGAUGCUCGGGGGAUACUGCCACAACUUGACGUGGGAUUCAUCUGUGUUUUGGUGACUUUCCAUAAAGUGUUAGGGCAGUCCAGGUUUCUGUCGGACAUGUUGCAGUCUCCCUCCCCGGAUCUGGCAGCAGCAGUCGCUCUGGUGGAAUCACUGCUUCCCACUUUACAGCAAUACAGAAGUGAGGCUUGUUUUGAGGAUGUUUGGAAAGUAGUUGAGGAAACUGCUGUAAAAUGUGACCUUAGCUUUGAACCAUCAAACGAUGACAAGGACAGCUUUAAAAAAAAUUUGUAUUACCCGGUUCUGGAUUCAGUGAUCGGUGAGCUGCAGAGACGGUUUUCUGAACCCAACUGUCUUAUUAUGAAAGGAAUCCAAGCACUCAGCCCACAAAGUGCUUCCUUUUUAGAGAAAGAGACACUUACUGCGUUUGCUAAGAUUUUUGAUUCCGAGCUCGAGGACUUGGCCAACGAGGUCGCUCACGUUAAGAUGGUGCUGGAAAGGAAGAAGCAGAACGGAAUGAAAGAACUGACCACCCUCACAGACUUUGUUGGUUUUCUAGAGCCUUUCAAAGAUGUAUUCUUUGAACUUUUCCGGCUGGGAAAGAUUGCUGUAGUGACACCCGUGAGCAGUGCUUCUUGUGAAAGAAGCUUUUCAGCGCGAGCACCUAUUAAGAAUCAUUUAAGGAAUACCGUGGGUGAUACCCGUCUGAGCCACUCGGGUUUGCUGAGCGUUGAAUAUCGACGGGCCAAGUCAUUGGAUUUGGAUGAAUUUGUGAAGCGUUUUAGCACAAAGCAUGCUAAUCGGAGAAUUAUCCUUUUCUGAAGUGUGCUCCCAUCCAAUAUGUUUUAAUGUUUUCUGUGUGCUUUAUGCACCCAAGACUGAAUAAAAUAAAGAAAAAGAAUUAUCACAAACAUUUCUG